AGCACAUAAUCCACCCAAGACGGUCUUAAUUAUAAGUUUUGUGUACGAAGCAGCAUCAACGCUUUAUCAAGCAUGAAGCAAAAGAUAGUUAUACAGGUGCCCAUGCGCUGUGAGAGUUGCAGAAAGAAGGCCCUGAAAAUCGCAUCAAAGGCUACAGGUCGGGUGAAUUCGGUGGCGCUAGAAGGAGCAGAUAGGGAUCGAGUGGUGGUGAUUGGAGAAGAUGUGGAUACGGUGAGUUUGGCUAAGGAUUUCAGGAAGAAGUUCUGCCAUGCCAACAUUGUGAGUGUGGAAGAAGUGAAAGAGAAGAAAGAAGAGAAGAAAGAAGAAAAGAAAGAAGAGAAGAAAGAAAAGAAGCUUGAGAAAUUGCCUUGCUGUGAUUACAGGCCUCCUUGUCCUCCUUGGCCCCCCUACGUUGUUUGUGAAUACCCUGUUGUUGACAAUAGUAUUUGCGUCGUCAUGUGAUUGGACAAAUCAGAUUCAGAUAAUUUUCUCGUAUAUUAUGAGUGCCAAUGUAAUCGAGUCCAGUCUGUACGUUUUCAUUCUGCGCACAAAUAAAAAGAUUGUAUGUAUCCGUGUUCAUUUUUUUUCUUAUAAGGAAUCAAUUUCAUAUUUUUACAACUCAU